AUGACGAGGAACACUGCGAAGCCCACCAUCACGUCGCCCGGGUUUCGGGUCUGCCCUUCCCACACACACAAACACACAACCCAAAACUUCCAUACAAUGGCCGCCUUCACUCUCAUCUUCACUCCCACUACCGCCGUCUAUGGACGCUCCGGCUACAACAAGGACGGCGACGACGAGGAGAAGAACGACCGCGGCCGCUCCGGAUACAACAAGGACGGCGAUGACGACGACGAGGGCCAGAACAAGGGCCGCUCCGGCUACAACAAGGAUGGCGAUGACGAGGAGGAUAAAUAG